CGUGCGUGCUAUACCCAGCCGGCCGGCAGUGACGGCGUGCCGGGCCCUGCCUCCGCGCAUUACUUCUUGGGGGGCUCCGGGCGGAGGAGUGGCUGUUCACUUGGCUGUGGAGGACGCCACAGGAGAGGUCACCGGGACGAGGUCGUAGCAACGGCGACAGCCGCACCUGUCCUCCUUUAGCUUUCAGUGCAGUCACAAUGAGAAUUAUCUGCUUACUCUGUGUAUGUCUUUUGAUGCUGGGGGAUUUCUUGGAAGCCAAGUUUGAUGAUUUUGAGGAUGGAGACGACAUGGUAGAAUAUGAUGAUAAUGACUUUGCUGAGUUUGAGGAUGUAAUGGAAGAUGUUGUCACAGAGCCCCCUCAGCGAGUUAUCACCACAGAGGAAGAUGAAGAAGAAGCCACUGUGGAGCUGGAAGGGCCAGAUGACAACCCAGAGGAUUUUGAAGAUACAGAUCCCCAGGAGGGGGAUACUGAAAAUGAACCAUAUGAUGAUGAAGAGUUUGAAGGCUUUGAAGAGAAACCAGAUAUGUCUUCCAGCAAAAGCAAAGACCCUAUAACAAUUGUUGAUGUCCCUGCACACCUUCAAAAUAGCUGGGAAAGUUAUUAUAUGGAGAUUUUGAUGGUAACAGGCCUGCUUGCCUACAUCAUGAAUUAUAUUAUUGGAAAGAAUAAAAACAAUCGUCUGGCUCAGGCCUGGUUUAAUACCCACAGAGAGCUUCUGGAAAGCAACUUUACCCUCGUUGGGGAUGAUGGAACCAGCAAGGAAGCUACAAGCACAGGGAAGUUAAACCAGGAGAAUGAGCACAUCUAUAACCUGUGGUGUUCAGGCCGAGUAUGCUGUGAGGGCAUGCUUAUACAGCUGAAGUUUCUCAAGAGACAAGAUCUCCUGAAUGUCCUGGCUCGAAUGAUGAGGCCAACCUGUGAUCAAGUGCAAAUAAAAGUAACAAUGAAUGAUGAAGAUAUGGAUACAUAUGUUUUUGCUGUUGGCACACGAAGAGCCUUGGUACGACUACAGAAGGAGAUGCAGGACCUGUGUGAAUUUUGUAGUGACAAGCCCAAGUCUGGAACAAAGUAUGGACUUCCAGACUCCCUGGCCAUCUUGUCAGAAAUGGGAGAAGUCACAGAGGGAAUGAUGGAUACAAAGAUGGUACACUUUCUUACUCACUAUGCUGACAAGAUUGAAUCAGUCCAUUUUUCAGACCAGUUCUCCGGUCCAAAAGUCAUGCAAGAGGAAGGUCAGCCUUUAAAGCUGCCCGACACCAAGAGGACACUAUUGUUUACAUUUAAUGUACCUGGCUUAGGUAACACUUCCCCAAAGGAUAUGGAGGCUUUGCUGCCCCUGAUGAACAUGGUGAUUUACUCUAUUGAUAAAGCCAAAAAGUUCCGGCUUAACCGAGAAGGCAGACAAAAAGCUGAUAAGAACCGGGCCCGAGUAGAAGAGAAUUUCCUGAAGCUGACGCAUGUGCAGAGGCAGGAAGCUGCACAGUCUCGUCGGGAGGAGAAAAAGAGGGCUGAAAAGGAGCGGAUCAUGAAUGAGGAAGAUCCUGAGAAACAGCGCAGACUAGAGGAAGCUGCCUUGAGACGUGAACAGAAGAAGUUAGAGAAGAAACAACUGAAAAUGAAGCAAAUCAAAGUGAAAUCCAUGUAAAUCGAAAGAAGCUGGCUGAUUCCACUUAUAAGCUCUGAAUUCCCAGGAUACAAAAAAAGUCCAUUUCUCAUCUUUAAUUUCAAACACUCACCAUUUGGGGAAUCCUCAUUGUAUCAUCAGCACUUUUUCUUGGUUUAGAGUUUUACAAAGUAUAUAUAUGAGUUUUAAGGAUUCUGUUUCAAUAAUUUUUUUCCAGGUUCAAAUUGCUUUGACUAUUUUUAAAAGAAAUGAUAGUUCAAAUCUCUGUGAUUGUUUUUUAACUUUAAAUUGUAAAAUGAAUCAUCAGUGUCAGUCACAUUUCAGUGCUUCUUGUUUUUAAGAUAUUUGAUGUCUAUAAGCAAAAUCCUUGUUGCUUAUGGGCAAUUGAAAUGGCUAGAGAAAAACUCUAAAACCAGGAUUUCCCAAAUGACUAUUGAAAUUGCACAAUAAACAUUGCUUGGUGUCA